AUGAAAAAAGCAAAAGACUGGAACAGUGAGGUUUAUUACGCUAUAAAUUUUUAUGAAAAAGUUCUAAGUAUAAUUGGAGUUUGGCCUUUGAAUGCAGGAGAAUUCAAGUCAAUCGUACGGUGCUUCUUAGCUGUUUUGAUCCAGAUCAGUACUAUCAUCAGCCUGUCUCUGGAAGCGUAUCGGCAGUGCCUCGGCACCGAGGACAUGAUGGAAGCUUUUCUAAUGGACCUCUCGUCUGUCGUCAGCCUCUCCAAGCUCCUCGUCGUUCGUCUUACCUGGAGGCACACUUACGCUUUGGUCACCUCGCUCAUUGACGACUGGUCGAUAUCCAGAGAUACUCAACAGCGAGAGAUCAUGAUGAAAUACACGAAUGUCGGCAGGAUGGUAUCUUUGACGAUAUUGUAUCUGGGCUAUGCAUCCGGCGUGUCGUUCCUCUUCAUGGCUCUGCCGUUUGACAGCUUGAUACCGUGGCUGAAUAUAUCCAAAGUGAAUGAUAACGACACGGCGUUAUCGACGUAUUUUCUGGCGACUUAUUGCGUUUUCGGAACAUUGCCCACGAUCGCUCACAGCUGCAUCCUGCUGCUGCAAGUUGCGCAGAUCUUCGUCAACGCAACCUCGCAUUGCGGGAACGACGGCUUCUUCUUCGGCCUCACGAUGCACCUAUGCGGGCAAUUCGAGGUGCUCGAAAUGGACUUUGCCAACAUCGAGGUGGAAAAGCGAGCCUGCAAGCAGAGAUUACGGAUGUUAAUCGGCAGGCAUUGCCGUCUGAUAAGACUGGCUGACAGUCUCGAAUACGCUUUCAAUAUGGCCAUUUUUGCGCAGUUAUUAAUGAGCGUGCUGUUGCUUUGCUUGGAAGGUAUGCAGCUGAUAAUUUCGUUGAAGAUAAACGACAAUAUCGCAGCAAUAAAGCACGUUGUCCUGAUUCUGACAAUGCUGGUGCAGUUGUAUCUUUACUGCUACGCUGGUGAUCAACUGGAAUCUAUAACCGGAAGGCUCGCAUACAACGCUUACAGCAGUCCAUGGUAUAAUUUUGACGUAAAGGUAAUGAAAGAUCUGCCCAUGGUGAUGCUUCGGGGAGAGCUAGCUCAUCAGAUAACAGCUGGGAAAUUCCUGCCUAUGAAUCUAUUUUCCUUCAAAGAGAUUUUGAAGGCUACAGGUUCUUAUCUUUCCGUUCUCAGAGUGAUGAUAGACGUGUAAAAUUAUUGAUACACAAUUAUAUACUACGACUGAUAUAUCUUCAAUGCGAUGUUUCCAAUAAUUUCAAUUUUUUCAAUUAUUGCAUACGUGAAUAGUUUUACAUGUGUCCGCGAUAGUGAUAAUAUAUUUUGCCAAAUGUUGGAUAAGAACAUGUCAUCAAAGUUUGAAUGUUUGUAUCAGUUCCACGUUAUAAUAAAAUAAACCGCAAAACGCACAACUUUACAGUUUGAUUAACAUGAAAAUACAUAAUUCAGAAAAUGUUCUGUGUUCAAUUGUUUUUUGUUCAUAUUGGAUUUUCCU